AUGUCUCCCAAUGACUAUACAGUUGGGUGGAUCUGUGCCCUCCCUAUCGAGAUGGCUGCUGCCAGGGCAAUGUUGGAUGUAGAGGAUAAACACUCAAAUGCCGAACUUUCCCACAGUAAAAGGUAUAUAUUUGGAAGCAUCAUGGAUCACAAUAUAGUGAUCGCGUGCUUACCCUCUGGGGUUCCUGGGACAACGUCUACAGCGAAGGCUGUAGCUGAAAUACAAAAUACCUUUGGAAAAAUUCGCUUUUACCUGCUAGUGGUUGUCAGCCACCCCACUCGAGGAUAUGGAGGCGUCAUCCCAUACGAUUAUGGGAAGGCCGUCGCUAACGGCCAGUUCGAAGUCACAGGAACCUUCAACAAACCCCCGGAUCUACUUUUGAACGCACUGAGCAAGUUGCAAGGAACCGAUUUGGGUAACCCACCGUGUCGCUUUCACAUAUCCUUAUCCAAAGUGAUAGACAAAAACCCAGAGUUUCGCUAUCCCGGUGAAGGCCAGGAUGUGCUCUUCAAAGCGGACUAUAUACACCCGUCUGGGCAGGAUUGCAGCGCCUGUGACCGUGGAAGAAUCGAAGCCCGACCAAAGCGAAGCUCGAGCGUUCCAGCCGUCCAUUAUGGACUUAUUGCCUCGGGUAAUCAGGUUAUAAAGGACGCUCAGAAACGAGAUCGUAUCGCAUCCCGACAUGACGUUCUUUGUUUCGAGAUGGAGGCAGCUGGCUUGGAUGGCGUCCCAUGCUUGGUGAUCCGUGGCAUUUCUGAUUAUGCCGACUCACAUAAGAAUGAUAGGUGGCAACACUAUGCUGCAGCCGCGGCGGCAGCGUAUGCGAAGGAGAUUUUCUCACACCUAGAACCACCGCCCCCAAAGACUGCGCCGGGAAUGUCACCAGACAGUCUCCGACUGACCAGGACAUUGGAGAAAUUGCAGUCAACUAAAGUUGAGGAUGACAGGAGUAUGUUGUUGGCUAUCAAGGGGACAAGAGCCAGGGGAACAUGCGAAUGGCUUACUCAAGAUGCUCGUUACAUGACGUGGCUGGAUAGCCAACGUUCCGAAUUGCUCUGGGUUUCAGGAGGCCCCGGAAAGGGCAAAACGAUGCUUGCUAUCUAUUUAACCCAGGUUCUGGAGGACCAUGUGCCCUCUGAGGGUAGGAUUCUCCUAUAUUACUUCUGCGAUAAUGGAGACGAGAACCGGAAAUCGCCGAUCGCCAUCUUGAAAAGUUUGUUAUACCAGCUUCUCUCAAAUCGACCCCAUCUACUUCACCUGGUUUCAACAGACCUUCAGGGCGACAGCAAAUUAUAUUCUCAUAUGACCCUACCGUACCUUUGGAGCACAUUUGUAGCACUUCUCAGAUCACCGGAUCUCAGCAUGGUCGUCUGCGUAGUAGACGGCCUUGAUGAAUGUGAAGAAAGCUUGAUAAAGCCCUUCCUCGGAUAUCUCAGGGAGUUCUUUACAGGGCAGGAAGAGGAAGGCUUGACUGCCAGCUUUAAAUUGUUAUUGCUCAGCCGCGAAUCAGAUAAUAUCAAACGUGGGUUGGGGCGGGUGCCUCGAGUAGACCUCGAAAGCGCCGAGUUCUCGAUGCAAGUGGCUAAUGAUGUUGAUAAAUACAUUUCCUCAAUGCUCCAGGAACCAAAUGUAUCCGGUGGCCUCUCCUUAGCUCAACGCGAGCGAAUAAGAAAGACCUUGAGAGAUGGCGCGGAAGGAACCUUUUUGUGGGUUGGUUUCAUGCCAGACAUUCUCAGAGGCAUGGACAACGAAGAGAUAGAAGACGGUCUACAGGAGAUUCCAAAGGGUCUGGACGAAAUUUACCAACGAAUACUUCAUCAAAUUCCAGCGCCACAAAAGGAGCUGGUUUGUCUGAUCCUCCAUUGGGUCGUGCUGGCGCAGAGGCCCUUGACAAUGGAAGAACUGGAAGCAGCCAUCCGAACAGAUGACAAAUACAAGGGUUUGAAUGGGAAUGCCAUAAUAAGGCAAGUGAAGUCUUGUAGGCCACUGCUAAAGAUCGAGCAUCAGGUAAUACAUUUGGUACAUCAAUCCGCAAAGGAAUAUCUACUGUCCCCGGACGAAGUGUCGAUGACCUACUUCGGCGGGAAGGCGCGUCAUUCAAUACUCGCACUUUCCUGCUUGAAGUACCUAGAAACAAACUAUGUUCGGCUUUCCGGGCUCCAAGAGGAUACGUUCUUAGACUAUGCGUCCACGUACUGGCCUGUGCAUAUGAAAAAUGCAGGCGAUGAUGAUGCCAAGCUUUGCGAACAGUCCACGAAAUUCUUCCAAGAAUCGAACACGCGUGACCGUUGGUGGGCACGCUAUUGGUCGAGAGAGCACGGUACUGACGAACCAAACUCGUUUAAAUUGCUGCAUCUAUCGGCUUAUUUUGGUCUGGAGGCUUUAGCCCAGAAUGACCUUCGCCGGAAACGCCGCUUUACGAAUUCCAUGCACCCUGCAAACCAAAAAGACAGUUAUGGCCGAAUACCGCUUAUGUGGGCUGCAGCCAGAGGCCAAAAGCGCAUGGUAGAGCUCUUGCUCCCGCAUGUGUUCAAUAUCGAUCGCCGCGACAAAUUUAAUAUGACAGCACUUCAUCUAGCGGUCAGAGGUGACCACUUCGACGUGGUGUCGUUGCUUUUGACCAGGCCUGUCAAUCUCGAAAUAAAAGCAGGUGGUUUUACACCAUUAAUGGUGGCAAUCGGAAAUUGCUCCCAGAGUAUUGUUGCACUUCUUCUUAAGCAUGGAGCUAAAGAUCCUAUGCCGUCAACUCUCGGUGAUGCGAAUCUUGGACGUGAGGCAGUUAAUCGUGAGGAGGAUUGCUGCGAGACACGCGCGCGAGAACUCAUACACCUUCAACCACUGUUUCUCCGCACACGGUUGAACAAAUUCUCUGAGGCAUUAACGGUGCCUAUCGCCCUUAGCCUUGCUAUCUCACCUGUAGUAGCGAAAUCCAAGGCUUGCUCUAGUCUUUUGAAACGGCCAAUAGUCAAGCUAAUCAGAUACUAUCUUGAGAGUGACGGUGAGAAGGUCAAAGCCAUCCUGGACAAUGGGCACGGCGCAACACUCAUUGAACAAUCGCUUAUAAUAUGCCGACUACAACUAGGAACGCGGAAUAAAGGCAGGAUGAUGCGGCUUGCCCAGAAGCUCGGCGAUACUUUUGUGGAAAUUAUCCUUGAAGUCCAUGGAAUUUUAGGAUGGUGGGAUCGGUUUGCCGUCUCUUUUCUCCGGAGUGGUUUUAGCUUAGGCUUCAGGGACGUGUUAGAGACCUGGUUUACGAUCGGGGUAUAUGGAACUGCAAAGGCAAUUGACUGUGGAGGAGCCGAGAACAUACGAGAAAUUUGGCAAUUUGGAGUGAAAUCAUGCAAGAUGCUGUUGAUUAAGGAGAGGGAGGCCGAAGCCAUAGCCGUAAUGAGGUGGGUUAUCAUGAGCCAUGUGAUAGCUCGUGAAAUUAAUAAGGCAAGAGUUAUCGACACGAUCUCCAAAGAGUGCACAAAGGCUAUUGAAGAUCUCACCCAAGGGCCACUCACGAAUAGCUUUAUUUCCUGCAUGAGUACGGCGUGGUCGAGGGAAAUACUCUACCGGGUUACGAGGAAGGAAAGCCGAGAGCUAAAAUGGACGCUUGGGUGCUUUUCUGCAGCUAGCUUCGUACCUAAACUACCUUUGAUCGCAGGGACAGCUUUGUUCAAAACUUUCACUACCCUAGCCGAUGAAAAAGCUGACAUGACAUGGCUAUUUGUUGAGCAGCAAUUCUGGCCCAUUGAAAAGGCCUGUGACUGGGCAGUCAAUACAGCAACAUGGCAUAUAGAGGCGGCGAUAGUGUUGUUACAACUCAUCUCAGAAAGCCGGCUCCCGGUUCCACAGUAUAUCAUGGGAUUGGUUCCGUCGGUUUUGAAGAGAGCAGAAAUGGAAGCUCUCUCGGUUGGUUUCAAUAUAGGAGAACUGAAGACUGAAGAUCAGUUGUCAAUAUAG